UUGCUGGCGCCGGCUCGGAGGGGUGAGGUGGGCUUAAUCCAGGGAUUGUCUAAAAGAGAGACCAUAAACUAAAAGAAAAAAAAAAGAGAGAGAGAAACUCAGCCCCACAACCCUCAGCUUCUGUUAUUCAUCUCCUAAUUUGGAAGCUGGACUGGCUCCUUUGGCCACGAUGAAGCGGCCAUGCGAGGAUACUACCUCAGACAGCGAUAUGGAUGAGACUAUAGACGUAGGAAGUGAAAAUAAUUAUUCUGGGCACAGUGCCAGUUCUGUGAUCCGAUCAAAUUCUCCUACAACAACAUCCCAGAUUAUGGCCAGGAAAAAAAGAAGAGGGAUUAUAGAGAAAAGACGCCGUGAUCGUAUAAAUAACAGUUUGUCUGAACUGAGGCGACUCGUGCCAACGGCUUUUGAAAAACAAGGAUCUGCCAAAUUAGAAAAAGCAGAAAUCCUGCAAAUGACAGUGGAUCAUUUGAAGAUGCUCCAGGCGACAGGCGGGAAAGGUUACUUUGAUGCUCACGCUCUUGCCAUGGAUUUCAUUAGCAUUGGGUUUCGAGAAUGUUUAACAGAAGUUGCAAGAUAUCUGAGCUCGGUGGAAGGCCUGGACACCGCCGAUCCCCUGCGAGUUAGACUGGUCUCUCAUCUCAGUUCUUGUGCUUCUCAGAGGGAAGCGGCUGCAAUGACCUCGUCCAUGGCACAUCACCACCAUCCUUUGCACCCUCAUCACUGGGCUGCAGCUUUCCACCAUCUCCCAGCAGCUUUGCUACAGCAAAAUGGACUACAUUCCUCUGACCUCACUCCCUGCAGACUCUCCACGACAUCCGAAGUGCCUCCUCACGGGUCAGCUCUUCUCACAGCUACUUUUGCUCAUGCUGACUCCACGCUGAGAAUGCCCUCUGCUGGCAGCGUUGCCCCCUAUAUCCCACCACUUUCUACCUCUCUCCUCUCACUGUCUGCUACGGUGCAUGCUGCAGCUGCAGCUGCGGCUCAGAGUUUUCCUCUGUCAUUUGCUGGGGCUUUCCCAGUGCUUCCCCCAAGUGCAGCAGUGGCAGCAGCUACAGCCAUCAGCCCACCAUUGUCUGUGUCAACAACUGCCAGCCCUCAGCAGUCCAGCAACAGUGGGAACAGCAAACCAUAUCGGCCAUGGGGGACUGAAGUUGGAGCCUUCUAAAUGUUCUUUCCACCAGCCUUUCUAGGACAUCCUAUAGGACAAAAUGUGGCUUGUUAACAGAUGAAACAGCACAAUGGAUUCACACACAAAAAGGAAAAUGAGGAGCAAUACAAAUGUUUUGCCUGAGGUCUGGUCAAAAUGGACAUGAGGUAUUUCUUUUUUAUUUGUUUGUUUGAAUUAGGCAUCAUAUUGGACUACAGCGAUCUUCAAAAUAAUGACUCCCAUGUUACCAUAAGUGCAUUUUCUGAGACAUGGACAAACUGUAGAAUUAAUCUUCCUGCUAUGCAUUUUUAUUUGUCAGAGGGGUAAUAAUAGACUGUAGGUAUAAAAAAAACUUUCCUGAAAGAUUAAUAUUGAGUCUGAAAUAUGUAAGUGCCUGCCCUCUUCCAAAUGUUUGGUGUUUGUGUGCGAGUUUCUGUUUUAAUUUCUAAUGCAGAUAGUUACUGUGCAAGUAUGAAGAUGAUGCUGGAGAGAAAAAUAUUGGGAUUUGGAAUCAUGGGGUGAAAUUCAAAAGAGAGCAAAGGAUUCUGAAGCAAAAUGCAGAAUGCAAGGCUUCAAUCCUUUGACAUAAGUGAAAUCUAAGCAACCUCACUGGCAGCAGGGCUGCAAUCUAAGAAUAGCAAAAGAGGUUGUUGAUUCUGCAAACACUUAAUCUCACAAAUUUACUUGCGGCAAACAAUGACAUGCAGGAUAGAUCUUUCCAGCUUUGGUCCAGGAGGCUUCAAGCUUGCUGUCACUUAGCAUAAAACAAAUGGCUUAAAAUUAUAGACAUGUACAUGUGUGUGAGAGAGCGCUUGUGUGUGAACAUCAAGAUAGUUCUAUAUACGGGUUGGCACCCUUUUCUAUGUCAUUGUCUAGCUUCCUUUAGAGCAGUUUGUCCGAAUCCACAAAGUAAGUGGUGGUUGAGACUGAAAGCAGCUGGGGAACAGCGCAACAGCCAAUAGUUGGCACACUCAUUCAUCUCUUUUCGCUCCCUUUCUGCCAUCCUCUUCCCUCUCCCUCUCCCUCCCUCUCUGUCUGUCCUCCUCUUGUCUCUCCCCACUCUUUCUCUUGCAUAUAUUGUAAUUGAAAAGGAGGAAAGUGAUUGUUUUAGUGGCCUAAUCUGAAGGCUUGCAGAAGGCUUUUGAAACUAGGCGGAGAGCUGCAUUCAUGUCUGGGGAUGCCAGUUGCCCACCCCAUUCUAUAUAAAUGAAAUGCAUUUGUACAUACUCAUAGCUGGCAUUUUUGGUUCCUUUUACAAACUAAAACACAGCUUCCUCCUGACAAGACACAAAACCUUUUUCUCUCCAUUGUUUCCCCUUGGGUAAAGGCAUGAAUGAGUAGCUGUAAUAUAGUCAGUGGUACCCACUGGGUUGACUAUUGCUACUGCCAGUCCUUUUGUGUGGGUUUGAUUGACAACCCAAAUGGAUUUGUUGAGGAUGUAAGUUAUUUUCCUAUUGUACAGAUAAGCAGUGCUGCAAAAUGUUUUGCCUUUUUUUUCUUACAGUGACAUGAAGUAAUAUUUUAAUUGCUUGACUCACAAAUUUGAAAGUUGAUGUUAGGGAAGCAAGUCAAAUAAAAGCACAGCAUGUAUUAUUAUGCACUUCAUUUCUCUGCUGUGUGGAGAAAGCAAUAAACAUUGAGAAUGUUAAACAUUAUGCAAAAUAUACUUUUAAAAUAUUUGUUUUAAAAAUACUGUUCAUAGUUGGGAGGAGGAGAAAAUUGUUCAUUAUUUUGUUAACCUUUUUUCUAUGCAAAUGUCUUUACAUAUCACUAAUUAAAUGAGG